AUGGCAGAAUUUCAGGAAGCUCACGAGGGUCCAGACUUGAGCGAUGAAAUGAUUGAAGUGCCCAACGGCCAAGGGGGGUUCAGUGAGGUUCAAGGACCCGUGCAAAGCGAAGGAGAGUUCAUUUUUCCAAUGGCUACUGCACGAGAUAGCCUCCACCGCUGUCAGGAUGACAGAUGGAAUAGGAUGUUGGCACGCAUGGAUCAAGAUGCACAGGGGGAGAAAGAAGACAGAGCCGAUUCUUCAGACGAGGUGGAGGAUGGCGAUGGCGAUGACGAUGGAGCCAAGUAUGCGUGA